AUUAUACGUGUUAGCACUACUACCGUGAAUUCAAGUCUCCAGAAAAAAAUAGGGUUCAUUAGUUCCUAAUUGAUGUGUCCCUGAGAUACUUUGAACUUGUCAAAUAGACAAAAAAUAAUUCAGAUCUCGUCACAGGCCUCAGUCUGGUAUGCGCACGUAGCUACAUGUGUCAACGAUCAAUACGAAAAAUUAUAAAUAGUGCUCAAUAACUUUGAACCAAGUUAUUGGUUGAUUUUAUUCGACUUAGGUUCACUAAUCUAAUUGUUUCUUACCAGCCGAUUGGAUUUGAACGGGUUCAUGCCUGUACUCCAAAAAUGACUCGCGAGAGACUUGACUGUAGGGAUGAUGUACAACGUGAAAAUAUACUCACCAUAGUGCCUUCGGUACUGAGAUGGGAGGGCAAGUGUGAUGUUGAUAAAAUUUUGGAGUACGAUCCCAGUAUUAAUCGCAGACUGUAUAUCUGUUACUCUAUGCACGCUUCUUAUGCAGAGCUGAAAGCUUUCAUUGAUUACUUCAAGCCUGUUAAAAUAGUUCCCUGCGUGUGUCCUGAUAAAUCAAAAAAUGAGAUAUAUAAAUUAUUGCAUGAACUCACAAAUUAUGAGAAAAUGAUGACGGGUGACGUAGGCUGUUGUAGCUCAAAGCUAGAGCUACCAAUUAAAAGAACCUUCAAGCAAUCUUUUAGCUCUAAGUAUUUUAAUGACGAUGACGAUGAUUUGUGAUGACAAGAAUUUGAAAUUGAGGUACUAGUUAGUUUUACAUUUUUUACAGCAGUGUUUUAUGAAUGUCGAAAUUAUGUUAAUAUUAAGAAUAUUUAUAUUUAGGUACUCAUAAGUUCUGAUUUUCCAAAUGUGUAUUACCUUUUAUACUUGUCAUCUUUACAAUAAAAUAUCUCUGUGAUAUUAUUAGUCUUUAUCGGUUUAAAAAACACAAAAAACAUAUUUUGUUGCAGCUCAAACAUCUUACAACUUGCAACUACCCAUAAUCAGGAUCGAA